AUGGCUGCCACUAAUAAAACGCAGAAAUACAAUUUCGAAAAGAUAUGUCGCGCUUGCUUGCAGAUAAAAAAGGACAUGCGUCCUUUAUUCGAACAACUCACUGCAACUAUGUUAAUGGGGAUAUCAAAAGUGCAGGUGGCAGUAGGUGACGGUCUACCAGCUCAGCUCUGCCUACAAUGUGUUCACCAGAUAUCAAGAUGUCACGCGUUCAAAGAGCUGGUGGAGAGAAACGACGGUACACUCCGCGAACAAGCGAAGUUGAUGGCAGAGGAAGCGCUAAAAUUGGAAAAUUUAGAGAAAGAAAAAGACCUGAACUCAGUGUACAGAAAUAUACAGUUCAUAGAAGUGCCUAGUUUGAACAGCAGUCAAAUUUUAGACGGGUUCUUCACAGAAAGUGCUGAUCAGACGAAUAUUACUCAAGAAAUAUUACAAAAAGAGGAAUUCGAUAUAGAUAAGCUGAAUCCAGUGCCAGUCCAAGCAAAAACAGACGAGGGUUUAAACUCAGAUGAGGAGAAUUACCUCCAAAUGGUAGUAUUUCAAGCGACAUCGUCUGUGGCCCCAGGACGCCACGUCUGUAAUCUUUGCCACAAAGAAUUCAAACACGCCAGAUGGUUGAAACUACACAUGCGUUCACAUUCUAACUGGAUAAAGGCAAACUGUAAGAAACCGCCCAAAUGUCCGAUAUGCGACAGGACUUUUAAGGGUCCGGGUAUGUUAAAGAUGCACAUGCGUACACAUGAACAACGUCCGCCGAAACAGCCGACGUGUUCAGUAUGUCAACGGACAUUCCCUUCCAAAACGUUAUUGUACCGUCACAGACAAACACAUUUCGAACAGAAAACCCAUCAGUGCACUGUUUGUGAGAAGAGGUUCUUUAGCGGUUAUGCCCUAAGGUCACAUAUGGCUAGGCAUAGAGGCGAAAGACCGUACGUGUGUGUUAUAUGUUCGAAGAGCUUUUAUAAUUCUACUGAUUUGAAGUUUGAAAAUGUGGCACUUCUAAGAGUCAUUGAAGAGUUCCAUUAUUCCUCUCCUGGCUUCUUCAUCAGA